AUGGCAACUUUAAGCAUGACCCAGAUAAGGACUGGGAAUUAUACAUCUGGGUUUUCGUUGAAUUGUCGUAAGAAGGUUUAUGUUCGUCCUAGUAGAGUUGGGUUUAAGGUUUUUGGUUCUGGGAGUCAAUCAUCUUCGGAGCCUGAUCUUAGUGUUACUGUUAAUGGUUUGCAUAUGCCCAAUCCAUUUGUUAUUGGAUCAGGUCCACCUGGUACUAAUUAUACUGUCAUGAAAAGAGCUUUCGAUGAAGGUUGGGGUGCUGUCAUUGCUAAAACUGUAUCUCUUGAUGCAGCAAAGGUUAUAAAUGUAACUCCUCGAUAUGCUCGACUACGGGCUAAUGGAAAUGGAUCGGCAAAAGGAGAAAUUAUUGGGUGGCAGAACAUUGAACUUAUCAGUGAUAGGCCACUUGAAACCAUGUUGAAAGAAUUUAAGCAAUUGAAAGAUGAGUACCCCGACAGAAUUCUCAUAGCUUCAAUCAUGGAAGAGUACAAUAAAGCUGCUUGGGAAGAGCUUAUCGAUAGAGUCGAACAAACUGGAGUUGAUGCAAUUGAAAUAAACUUCUCGUGUCCUCAUGGUAUGCCGGAACGCAAAAUGGGUGCUGCUGUUGGGCAAGAUUGCGCUCUCCUGGAAGAAGUUUGUGGAUGGAUAAAUGCAAAAGCUACGGUUCCGGUUUGGGCCAAGAUGACUCCCAACAUAACUGAUAUUUCACAGCCAGCAAGGGUUGCUCUAAGUUCAGGAUCCGAGGGAAUAGCUGCUAUAAAUACAAUCAUGAGCGUGAUGGGAAUCAAUUUGGAUACAUUACGUCCCGAGCCUUGUGUUGAGGGGUACUCAACUCCAGGCGGUUAUUCUGCGAAGGCGGUCCAUCCGAUAGCCCUCGGGAAAGUUAUGAGUAUUGCAAAAAUGAUGAAAGCCGAGUUUGAUAGUGAGAACUAUUCACUUUCUGCCAUUGGUGGUGUUGAGACAGGUGGUGAUGCUGCUGAGUUUAUUCUUCUUGGUGCAAAUACUGUCCAGGUAUGCACCGGCGUUAUGAUGCACGGCUAUGGUCUUGUGAAGAAGCUUUCUCUUGAGCUAAAAGACUUCAUGAAGAAACACAAUUUCAAAUCAAUAGAAGAUUUCAGAGGGGCAUCUCUUGAGUAUUUUACUACACACACAGACUUGGUGAAAAGGCAGCAAGAAGCAAUAAAGCAAAGAAAAGCAAUAAAGAAAGGAUUGCAAUCUGAUAAAGACUGGACAGGAGAUGGAUUUGUGAAAGAAAGUGAAAGCAUGGUUUCUAAUUAA